CUGUUGUCAUUCACUUCUCUCUCCCUCUCUAUAUCUCUCUGAAUCUUAAAGUUGCAGACUUCAGUUCUCUGUGUUCUUUAGAACCCAAGAUAUAAAAAUCUAUUCUUGUUUGAUUUUCUCUAACAAUGGAUUCAAGAGAAUCAAAUCAACUUCAUCAAUCUUCACAAUCUCAGAUGCAAUCUCAACCGCAGAUGAUGUUGGGCGCACCCAACUCGUACGCUCACGGCUUAAUCAACGGAGGAGCUUCAUCAGGAAUGAUGCCUCCGAUUUCUGCCGCCGCCGCCAUGAUGCAAAAUCAUCCUUUUUCUCUCAAUUCCGCCGGUCAGUCGGCAUCUAUGGAGGUGGGUAAUUUAAACCCUCAAUUCGCCGGCGGAUCUAUGACUCCGAACGGCCCUUCUCCGUUUAACAUUGAUCAGGGGAGGAAGAAGAGAGGCAGGCCUAGAAAGUAUUCGCCAGAGAAUAACAUAAAUCUGGGUUUGGCUUCUGAUUCUGGACCUAGUCUCACUCCUGCUUCUGCUUUCACAUCUAACGCAAUCGUCGCAAUUCACGACGAGGCUAAUGUGAGGACGCCAGCUUCUGAAUCGUCUGCCAAGAAGCAUAGAGGAAGACCUCCCAGUUCAGGGAAGAAACAACUGGAUGCUUUAGGUUCUUUUGGAAUAGGGUUUACUCCUCAUGUGAUCUUUGUUGAAGCAGGAGAGGACAUAGCUGCGAAAAUCAUGGCAUUUUCGCGGGAGGGGCCUAGAACUGUUUGCAUCAUGUCUGCACAUGGUGCCAUUAGCAAAGCCACUCUUAUUCAAUCUUCCACUUCCAGUGGUAUUAUCUCAUAUGAGGGACGAUUUGAGAUAAUCUCUUUGACUGGUGCCUUCAUGCCUUCAGAAGGCAAUAUCGGUGAGAACAGAAUGUCCCCUCUUUCUGUGUCCUUGGCUGGGUCAGAUGGGCGAGUUUUGGGAGGUGGUGUAGGAAAGCUUAUAGCUGCUAACACUAUACAGGUAAUCGUGGGGAGUUUCAUAGCUGAUGGAAAGAAACCAAAACCAGGGUUUUCUCCAACACCCUCAAAUGUGCAAGAAUUUGGUGCACGAACAACAGUUGCAGGAGGAGCAGCAGAAGGAAACACUCCAUCUGAAGGGCAUUCGAGUGAUUCAUCCCAUGAUGAAGACGGUAGCCCUUAUGACAAUAGCUCUGUACCACCAUCAGGACCACCACAAGGACCACCUCAGUUCAAUAAUUCUGCCCGCCCAGUUCAUAAUAUGACGCCUUAUUCCCAUCUUGAUUGGGGAAACACCACCAUGAAAAUGUUUCAUAAUUGAAGUUAGGGUUGAUUGAGAAAGGAAGGGCUCAUCCUCAUUAGCAUGAGAAAGUAACAAAAGUUGAACUAACAAGGAAUUCAUAGGGGUUGUUUGUUUGACUGUUUAAUUAGUACUUAUAUUUCUGGAACUGGUUUUUAUCUAUUUUGUUUCGGAUUGAUGAGACUUUAGAGGUUUUUACUAUUGAUAUUAUAUAUUUGUGGUAAAACAAGAAAGUUUCUUC